UUCAACACUACCAUCACCGUGUUUAUUUACGUGUCAGAAAUAAGUAAUGUUACUAAUGUACUGCUUGAAACACAGCAUAAAACGUUGUAAAUAUAAAUUAAACGUAUAAUGUAUUUUCAUAAUGUUUCUUAGCUCAACGCAGUAUUACGAAAUAAAUUAUUUAGCGUUAAAAUGCUCGACGCAGAGCAAGGGGAUAAUCAAAAAGAGGGAGUUGAUGAACGAGAUAUAAUACUUGAAGAAUACUAUGGAAUCGUGGAAGGCCUCAAACAGGAUUUGCAUCUAUGCAAGGUAGAACAAAAUAAUAUACGAACUGAAUUAGAAAUUUUAAGAAAUGAGAGCCAACAGGCUGAUGAUAUUAGAGAAUCUAUUAAUAAUAUUCAUUUAGAAGAAUGUAGUGAUCAAGAUUUACAUAAGCUAGAAAUAGCAAAUUUACAAGAGCGUAUUGAACUUUUAGAAACAGAAAAGAAUUCAGCAUUGCAAUUAUGGCAUAUUUCAUUAAAUACCAUAAGUGUUUUAGAAGAAGAAUUAAAAAAAUUUCGUGCAGAUGGAAAAGGAACAAAAUUUUAUCAGGAACAAGCAAAUGUUAUGAAGGAAAGUUAUUCAGAAGCUAUUAAAAUGUUGCAGGAGAAACUUUCACAGACUAAACAGAAUUUUAUGAAACAUCAAACACUGUAUCACACCAGUAAAGAAAAAAUUGAGCAUUUAACUAAAGAGAAACAUGAACUUUUGGAAAAAUUGAACAGUUUACAAAAGGAUGCUCAAGAUAAAGACAGGAAUAAUCAGGUGGCAAUAGAGACAUUAAAACAGGAAUUGGCUUAUGCUAAAACAGAGGCUAACAAAAUGGUGCAAGUAAAAAUGGAACUGGAGAGAAAGUUACAUGAAAUUAAGAGAUACGCGGAAAAUAUAAUGGAAAAAGAUAAAGAAACAAAGACUAAAAUGGGAGAAGCUAUUGAACUGAUAGAAUCUGCAGUGAGGGAGAAAGAUAUGGUAGUUCACCGCGAAUCGCUUAUUUUGGAAGAAAAAGCCCGAUUAGAACAUCGAUUAAAUAUAAUAGCAAGUGAAUAUGAUACAAAAAUACAAGAAUUAAAUAUGAAGACCAAAGAUGAGAUUGAAUUACAUACGAAACGAUAUUUAACAGAAAUUAAAGAACUUAAAGCAGAAUUGAAGGAGAAAACAAUGGUAGUAGAAAAAGUUCAGAGAGAUUUAAAAUUUACUGAAGAAGAAUUAAUUAAAGUUCAAAGAGACGUGAAUGCAAAGAUAUUAGAUUAUGAGCAAAAAAUUAAACGUUUGGAACUUCAGUUGCAAGUAUACGAUGAAACAAUAUGUAAAAAUAAAUAUGACAUAGAAAUGAAACAAUUGAAAGAAAAAAUUACUGCUCUUGAAAAUAAACUAGCGACUUCGAAUGAUAAAUUACAAAAAUUAGAACAACAACAAACUAAUACUAUAGAAGAUCAAGCGAAAAGAGCUGAUCGCGAAAAUAAAGACAUAAUGAAACAAUAUUCAGACUUGGAGAGUCAGUUAGCUAAAACGCUAGGCGACAAAGAAGAUGUUGUGUUACAAUUAAAAUCAUUGAAGUAUGAUUUUGAUUAUGAAAUGCAAAAAAGAGAUAAUGAAAGACAUUCUCUCGAAAAUAAAAUUCGAGAAUUAGAAAUUAAUCAUCACAAGGCGAGUUGUAUGAAGGACAAUAAGUUACGAGAUGAUGUGGCCGAUGAAGUGAACGUUUCUGAUGUAAAAAAUAAACGCACAUUCGAUAUAAUGGUGGAAAAUAAAUGUAACUGUUGUCAAUCAGUAUUAUCAGAUCAUAUGAAUAAAUUGCAGGAAAAGUUUGAUAGAAAGACAAAAGAAUUAGUUUAUCAUGUUCAAGUUCAUCAGAAAUUAAGUAAAAGAUGGAGAGACGAGGCAAAAUCUCUAACAGUUAAAUUUCAAAGAAGGACUAAGGAACUAAGAAGCAAAAUAAAUGCAUUACAAAAAGAAAAUACUGAAUUACAAACUGAAUUAUUAACUUGCAAGCAACAAUUAGCACAAGAUGCAAUACAUAGCAUACAAAGAUUUAAUGAAGCAAAUGAAAUUAGGUGACAAUAUUUUCUUUUAUUUACAAAAACCUUACAGUGUAUGUUUCUUAAUGUAAAUAUUAUAACAUCUCUAAGUUUAUUCACAUUAAAAAUACAUUUCAUACCAC